GUCUGCAUUAUAUGAAUUUCGUCGCAUGUAAUAGUAAGGUUACGAGCAAGGCAGGAUCAGAUUCAACGUGAAGGGUGGAUGUGACCUGAAUAUGCCCAUCCUGGUGUCCAGGGUAGCACCCAACAUGCCAGCAGACACUUGCUACCCCAAGCUCAGCGAGGGAGACCAGGUGUUGCUGAUUAAUGGAGUGGAUGUCAGUAGGAUGGUCCAUGACCAUGUAGUCAGCCUGAUACGAGCUGCCAGGGACUUGCACAUGGGAGAGUUGGUCCUCACUGUCAGGCCUAAUGGUAUUGCUCACAUGUAUUACCCUAGGUCAUGAUGUGGUGUGCUGUGCAGGUGUUGCUGAUUAAUGGAGUGGAUGUCAGUCGGAUGGUCCAUAACCAUGUAGUCAGCCUUAUACGAGCUGCCAGGGACUUGCACAUGGGAGAGUUGGUCCUCACUGUCAGGCCUAAUGGUAUUGCUCACAUGUAUUACCCUAGGUCAUGAUGUGGUGUGCUGUGCAGGUGUUGCUGAUUAAUGGAGUGGAUGUCAGUUGGAUGGUCCAUGACCAUGUAGUCAGCCUUAUACG